AUGAUGAAUGCAGAGCAUUCGUCAUCCCUUAAUCGUUAUCGAGAAUCCAAGGUCAGACGACGCCUAGGUCUUCCACUCCUCUUCGAGGGAGGGACAGGACCGACCACGGUUUUGACAUGUCCCGAUUCGGGGUCAGAUUGGAAUGUCAUGGCAUUUGAGACAGCUGCAAGCCUUGGCUACCCCAUUGAACCCCAUGGAAGCUCUGACUCUACUCAAUUUGUCCUGGCGAAUGGCGGCACCGUGAAUUCGAUUGGGAAGAUAACAGCCAAAUGUGCCUUUACCACGGGAGCUACAAGUACCGAACUUGUAUAUGAAUGCAUUUUCUUUGUAUUCAAAAAAUUAGCAGUCCCUAUCAUCAUGGGAAUGGAGUUCUUGGAGAAGACUGAGACUUUGAGCAAGCACCGUGACCGCCUCGUGGAGGAAAUCGCGCCUAUACUGCAGAAUUUUCGUGUCCAAGCUGUUGGGCAGCAAAAACAGAGCCUUCUUUGCCGGCUAGACAAUUAUGUGGGAUGUGCUAAUCCUGACACCGGAUCUGAUCUUGAUCUAGUGAGCUAUCAGUACGCAAGCGCGAAAUUCAACAUUGAKCCGGCAAAUGAGGCCGUCAUGUUUGCGGAUGGAAGCAUUGACUACACAUGUGGCGUCUUUCAUACUUCGUUCACUGUUGGGGAUGUCGCCAAUGGUUUUGAAUUUAUUGCUAGAGGCAAGACUCUCUCGCUUGCCUUUCACGUCUUAGAUGGUCUGACUUCAGACAUCCUUGUGGGCCAAGAUACGCUGGAAAUGCUCAAUGUGUUUGCUGAGCAUACGGCAUCCUUCAUUCCCGGUACACCGCGGUUAGGUGGAUCGGAUAUCAACAUCAUUCAGCUGGUCAGUAAUUUCGAAAGCUCUACCAGGGAUAGAUUAAGAGAUGCAGGUCGCUGGGUCUCUAAUGUUCUUGGAAGAAACACGGAUCCCAUUCCGACAUCAACCAUGAGCCUGGAACAGAGACUUGACCUUGAAGAUCAGCGGGAGAAUGCACGAGCAGAAACACCAACGCCGGUUACGAAUGAAUUCCAAUGUACUUUCCCAAAUUGCAACGUACUGCCUUUUGCUACGCAAUAUCUGCUCAACUCACACUCCAACAUUCAUUCCCAUGCUCGCCCUCAUUAUUGUCCAGUGUCAGGAUGUCCUCGUGGUCUGGGAGGAAAGGGCUUCAAGAGAAAGGAAGAGAUGUUCAGGCAUGGAUUAGUCCAUGAUAGUCCAGGAUACACCUGCCCGUUCUGUGCUGAUCAGAAACACAAAUAUCCAAGACCAGAUAAUCUUCAGAGGUGA